AUGUCUCUCAGUCUCACUCAUAGUCGUAGCCUUCAAUCUUCAAUCUCAAAAAUAGAGACCUCCGAUCUCACUACCUCCAUUUUCUCUCCACCGAUCCGCCCUAAAUCUUCGCCGCGUCUGACCGCCCACUACUCCUCCCACUUGAUACUUCUCUUUCCCUUCUCCCAGGUUUCAUGGGUUAAUCUCUCUAGAAAUUUAUUACUUGCAUAUCAGAGCCUUGGUAUGGUUUAUGGGGAUCUCAGUACUUCUCCUCUCUAUGUUUAUAGUAGCACAUUUUUAGGCAAGUUGCAGAACCAUAACAAUGAGGAGACGAUAAUGGUGAAGGUGUGGUGA